AUGCCCCGCGGCCGCCCGGCGCUGCUGGCCCUGGGCGCCGUGCUGGUCUGCGUCCUGCUCCUGCUGCUGCCCGCCGCCCGCCGCCAUGCCCCGGCCCGACGCCCGGCCAACGCCACGGUGCGGGCGGGAGUGGCGCCGGGCGACCCCGCCGUCGCCUACAGGGAGGCCGCCGUGCCGCGGCUCCCGGCGUCCAGCAGGCCCGACGUGCUGCUGCUGCACGGCCAGGCUUUCACCUCCGGCACGUGGCAGGCCCUGGGCACGCUGGCGCUGCUCGCCGCCGAAGGACACCGCGCCGUCGCCAUCGAUCUGCCCGGCUAUGGGGAUUCGCCCCCCGCGGGGUCGGUGCUCACGCAGCGGGGUCGGGCGGCCCUCCUGCAGCGUGUUGUGCAGCAGCUGCACCUGCAGAGACCGGUCCUCGUCAGCCCGUCCAUGAGCGGCCGCUUUGCUCUGCCCUUCCUCCUGGCACACGGCGAGCAGCUGGCCGGCUUCGUGCCCAUCGCACCUGUGGGCACGCGGGAAUACAGCGCCAUGCAGUACCGACAGGUCCAGACGCCCACUCUGAUCCUGUACGGUGACCGUGACACUGGCCUGGGUCAGCAGGCCCUGCAGAGCCUCCGGCAUCUCCCCAAGCACCGCGUGGUUGUGCUGCCCGGCACUGGCCACGCCUGCUACAUGGACAAGCCAGAGGACUUCCACCGGGCCCUGCUGGGCUUCCUGGGCCAGCUGCAAUGAUCUGGGUGCUGCUGCACUGAGCAGAGGGCAGCGGGGCCGUGGCUUUGUCCCUGUGCCUCGCUGGGUGGUGGGGAGGCGGUGUGAAGCUGGGGGUGAUUCACCAGCACUGCCCUCCUGCAGCAUCACCUCUCCCUCCUGUGGUUGGGACCGGAGGUUCCAUGCUCAGAACCGUGGAAUAUCCCAAGUUGGAAGAGGUGCACAGGGAUCACCAGUCCAAGUGCUGGCUCCGCACAGAACCACACAAACACUGAGAGUGAUGUACAAACGCUCUCUGAGCUCCAGCAGUUUGGAGUUGUGCCCACUGCCUUGAGGGGACGGGGCUGUUCUGUGCCCACCCACCGCCCCCUGGUCUCUUCUCUGAAUUUCAGGAUGAUGUUCUGUCAGGGCAACCCCCGGUGCCAGAGCUCUGGGCACGGUGCUGCGAUGCUGGCGGGGCAGGGUGGGGGGGGGCCGCGAGCUGGAAGGAAGGAGCUGCGAGCCGCCUGUCCCGAGGCCAAUAAACACGUCGUGCUCCGGUC